AGACAGUUUUGGUCUAGAAUAGGGUAUAAUUCACCGGAAAAGGGGCCAGUAUGUAAAUAAUUUAGUCUGGAACAGGGUUCUUUACCAAGGGUUCUCUAAUAGAAAUUGAGAGUCGAAAGCUAGUGACUUCGUAAGAUAUCGGUUUAGUUAGCAUAGUGUUGGACUACAACAGUGAUAAAGUUUCUACAUGGACAACAGCUAGUCUAGGGUAGGGUAGGGUAUGGUAGGGUAGAGUAAGGUAGGGGAUUUUGGUGCCUAGUCUAGAAUAGGCUUGCAAAAUCAAGCUGAUUAUGGUCUAGUAUAGGGUAAGGGUUUCACUUUCCCAGCGGCACACCCCUUCCCAAUGAUUUACAGAGCAACCCUCUCCCCGGGGGCUAAAUACAGCCGUUCUGUAGGGUUUGGUCGGGGGGUUAGUGUUGUUCCCUUUCCAUCAAAUAGCAUCGUGAACCGAAAACUCUUUUACAGUUUGUUUUCUACCCUUACAGAGCUCCUUAUGGGUCCUGCACGGUUUAUAAAGGGCGGCCAGCACUUUUCGGCUCCUUUUUUUUAGACGAUACGUACGAACCGGCAGUUCUAGUUCAAAAAAUCAGUAGUUACGAAAUAUACGAAAAUAUAUAUAUGCAAAUACUGAGAUGAAAAAAUAUACGACGCUGAAACGCUGAAACGACUGAAGUCAGGCCAGGAGCUGAAAUAGUUAGUCCGGGCCUGGUCCGUGUUACGGCAAUCAGUAAUAUUCGCUCGCUUGGCGUAUCUUGAAUUUUGAUCACGAUUUUCUCGACUUUGUUGUGCUAAGCAAUCUAGCCUACACUGCGCCUACUCCUUGCCUUAUCCUUGCCAACUCUUUCACCGGUUCAACAGAGUUCUAAUGCGAGGCUAAAACUGUUCAAGGUCACUUCAAAACGAUCUAAAAUUCCUACUUUAGUAGUCUGAUGAUCGACAUCGAAUAUCACGGUCUGCAACACGUGCGUUUGUGAGGGUCUUUAGGCUGCGGGAAAACGUAAAUCAAUAAAGCCUAUCCAAAGAGAAUUAGGUGUAGGUGUCAGUAUAGCAGAUUUUGAAAGUCAGGCAGCUGAUAAACCAGGAUAAACAAAGUUUCAACUUAAGAUAACGUUCUGACGUAAAGGAAACUGAUAUUAAGAGAUAUGAAGAUCAUCAACUUCGAAUAAACUCUUUAGUUUUCCGCGUUUUUCCUUUUUAAUUUAAUUUGUUGCCAGCUUUCAGACUGCCUUGACUGCUUUCAGGGGGGGGAUCCAGAUUUCCGCCGCCGGUAUUUUCAUCUUGUCCUCUUUUGAGACCUAAUGGCAAAAGGUUGCUUCGGCCGACAUCCACUGCAUCUUUUUCGCGGCUCCAAAGUGGAAAUCCUCAUAACUGAGUACAUGAUACUUUUGUCUUUUUCUUGUCUCUCAUAAAGAACAAAACUGUCUAGGAUUAUUAGUGCAAACUUGAAUUUUUCGUUGAGAUGAUGCUCCAUGGCACGAUUCGCGUGACUUCCCGACGACUUUUAGCGCAACAUAGAGCUGAAAGCCGGCGAGGGACAAGGAUAACAAGAGUAUCUGGAGUAUCUCUCGGAAAGCUUUUGUCUCUGUCUGUUCUUCAAAUUGUAACAUGCGAUACAACAUGGCUACCAGGUUUUAACCUUUCCGGACAGAACACUACAGAGAGAGUGACCACCGGCUAAAAGGGGCUCUUUAUUUUGGGUUUAUCAGCUUUGAAACUGAACUUCCAGUUUGGAUCGAUUUCCUUCGUCCUCUCCCUCCUUGUCUGUCAGUGUCCUACUGAAGCUCCCUUCCACUGGCGUUAAAGAUUCAAAGAUAAUUUUGUAUUUGGCCGUUUUAGGCUGGGUAGAAUUCCCUCUUAAGCCCCGACGGGGUUCCCUCCAGACCGUACUUGGUCCAAACCUUCCCCCCUAACUCCCCCAUGGGGUCACCCAUCAUAAUUUCGGGCCCUCGCUCCGACGACUGGAAUCAAUAACUUUUUUAAUGAGCCAACCUGUGUGGCUGGCAGGAUUUCGCGCGCAAGGGAAUUUCGCGCUCAACUUGACUACUCCCCAGUCUCCUCGAGGCUUUGCCGAUCUCAAACAAAACACUCGCGCACGCUCAAACAAAACACUCGCGCACGACAUUUCGCCAGGAAAAAGACAUAAAUUGAAAGGUUUGAAAAACGAACACUAGAAAUACGUUCCUCAAAGCGAACUUCGUUACCUAUAGCCAUUUCAAACAGACCAUUUGAUUUUACUAUAUUUGCUAGCCUGUGAACAGGCUUUCUAUUUAGGAUGGGGCGAAGAGAAAGCGGCAAGAAAAAGGAUGCCACCUCACACUCAGCCAGUUCUUUUUUGGCUCUUUCAGCUGGAGCCUGUUCACAGGCUAGAUGUUUGCUGAGACUGGCGAAAAUUGAUGGAAUUUUUCCUGUACUGUACUGCAUUCGUUGCCCGGCAAUGCUAACGUAAUACCGUGACGUGAUCCGUCUAUCCAAUUAUGCUGUAGGGUCGGUAUCUGAGUCAUAUAAAUAUUGACUGAGUUUAACAUUUCAAUUCCACUCUCUCAGCUCAAAGUAAUUAAGCAGCCGAUGACACAACGACAGAGUAACCAAACCUUGGUUGUAUCCAGGCUUCUGUACCCUUCCGUCUUUCAUAGAGGCGCCCGAGGAAUCGAACGGCUAAAUCUGCGUACAACGGCAAGUACACACAGAGUAAAAUCCUUCCUGGACUGAGGAGUGAUAAACGAUCUACAAAACGUUAUCUGCAAAUCAGCUACACUGAACAGAGGCUAAACAAUGAGAGGGAAGUUCUGUACUCUUAUCACUUUAGCAAUUCUGCUGUCUGUACUGAAUUGCGUGCAGUGCGCUCCGUUUGAACAGACAAAGAAAACGGCAUCGUUUUUGUUGAAAUUUGGCUACCUGGCAGAAGACAACGACAAGGUUGGAGGAGCAUUGAGUCCAAACUCAGCAGAAUUUAAGGCCUCGGUAAGGAGACUUCAGAGGUUCGGCAAUAUCCCAGUCACUGGAAAAAUAGACGCAGCUACCAUCAAACUCAUCAACACUGACCGAUGCGGCCUGAAGGAUUCGAGUAACAGCGUCAUUGGAAGAUUCAAUCUACAAGGGACUAUCUGGAAGAAAAGAGAUCUAACUUACCGGGUACUUAACUUCACCAGAGGUAUUUCAAGUUACACGCAACGGAGAAUCUUCCGAAAGGCUUUCUAUCUUUGGCAAUCUUCGUCGGAUUUAAGGAUAAGAGAGGUUUACAGUGGAGAUGCUGAUAUCCUCAUAAGCUUUGUUCGUCAGGUGCAUGGUGAUCCUUAUCCUUUUGACGGAGCAGGUGGCACAUUAGCGCAUGCGUUUUACCCUCACAGUAACAAAGGUUUAUCUGGUGACGCACACUUUGACAACGACGAAAGAUUUACGACAGGAACGAGUGACGGCAUCAACUUGGACUGGGUGGCAGUUCACGAGUUUGGACACAGUCUGGGUCUUGAACAUUCUGGCGUGCGGGAAUCCAUCAUGUACCCUUGGUACAAAGGUUACAUCGCUGAUAUCAAGCUGUCGAGUGAUGACAUACAAGGGAUCCAGGCGUUGUACCCAAAGCCAACCGCGCGAAAAUUGCCAACUCCAACUACAGUGAAGACUACGACUAAAGCUACAACGAAAGCCUCGACCAAAGCUACAACCACGCGCCCGCGGGUCACUCCUCGUCCCGCCGUCGUCACUCCUCGUCCCACUGUCCCGGAUCUUUGCAGCAGCUCCGUUCGCUAUGACACAGUGUUCGUGGGUCCAAAUAAGUGGACAUUCUUCGUUGUUGGAGACAGGUUCUGGCUCGUGGACAGGGCACUGCGUCGACGUGGUCCGUGGACCAUCACAAGAUAUUAUAGGCAUAUUAAGACCCCUGUAGAUGCUGCUUACCUCAACAGACGGGGAAAUGUGGUGUUCUUCAAAGGAUCAGAGUUUUGGGAAUAUGACUCCGCAAGGAAAUUAAAAGAUUCUGGUCAGAUCACACGAUACGGCCUGCCUUCAGCUCUUGAAGACAUGGACGCAGUUUUCACAUGGGCGAAAAACAGAAAGACGUAUUUCUUCAAAGAUGAGCAGUAUUGGCGAUAUAACGAGGAUACACGGCGCACAGACCCAGGGUAUCCCAGGAGAAUUCGAAGCGCGUGGGGCUUCCCUGAUUACAUCAAUGCAGCUGUGAAGUGGCUCAACAGCAGAACCUACGUGUUCCGGGGGAGGCAGUAUCUGAAGCUACAGAAGGGGAAGGUUCAUGUAGAAAGAGCUUACCCCAAGGUAAUCGCUGACAAGUGGAUGAAGUGCAACUCCAAAGGAAGAGGAAUUCUGGAUUCAGAGGAGCCGUGAGACCUUCCCGCAAAAUUGUCAAAACUUUCAUUAAUGAUGAGUUUUACUUUCCUGUUAGUUCAGCCGUGAAGAUAUAAGACAGUAGUAAAAUCCCUUAGGUGCAAAUGUGUCAUUAUACAAACGUUUUACAUUGAUAAAACGAAACUAUGAAGGUGGUGAGGGGUAGGGGUGGGGGGAAUCUCGCGUUUCACGAAAAACAAAAUGGUCUUUUCUCAGUUCACGAAAAAAAAAAAUCCUAGAUAUUUCGCGUAUCACUGGAACAUGCAAAAUUAAUGCGAUUUUGAAAGUUAAUUAAUGUCCCAAGGACAACUUUGCUCGAUAAGAGAUAGAAGGAGAAACACGUUAUACUGGAGACCGUGAAUGUUGAAGGAUCGAACGGAUUUCCUUUCACGAUUAUGUAAUGUUUAUUACGCACUGACGGCGAAUUGUUGGGGAAACCUAACAAAUACUCCUAGCCGCUUCAUGCUACAGAAACCGGGAUAAGC